GGUGAGAUUGGUAAUGGAUCAUUUGGAAGAGUAUUUAAAGUUUAUUCAAAAUAUAUGAAAGAAUUUGUUGCAUUAAAGGUUUUUCAUAAUGAUCCUAUUGACUUUGAUGAAAAUUUAUUUAAUGGAUUUAUUCGAGAGAUUAAAAUCGUUACUCCACUUGAUCAUAAAAAUAUAAUCCGAUUCUUUGGAAUUACUCAAGGCAUGUUAACUUUGUGCGUUGGAUAA